CCCUGUGUGUUACAGAUCAGCGACAGAGGGAGCGCUUGUCCGCGGCGUAUGCGAACAGCACCCCGGUGUAUUUGGAUGCAAAGUCAGCCCACAGACUGACAGCUCGCUGCUCGAAAUGUCACGUCUGGGUUGUUUUUUUUUGUGGAGAGGAGAGUUAAAGCCUGUUUGAGUACGAUGGUGCUGCGGACAGCUGGCUGAGCAGAACCAACAAGGACUCCCCGGAGGCGUUUUUCAUUUGUCGCCAAAAUUGGGUUACUGACCUGGAUGGUCCCUCUUCCUCGGAUGCAACCACACGCCCAUGCGACGAUGUCGGUGGAUGUUGCUGCCCUCAGUGUCCAGGUUAGGUUACAGUAAACGCGAAUUGUUUACGUAUUGAAAUUGCGCUGUUAGGGGCGGAAGACGCAACCAGGGACUGGAUACCAACAACAUUUAGCACGCAUAAUAAUACGCGUAUUGUUAUUAUAAUAUCAGUAGUAAUUACUAUUAUUAUUAAGACAGUUUGUCUCUAUUGAUGAAGGAAACAUGGAGCCGAGGGAGAUCUAUUCAUUGCCUUAUUUCAUCUCGUCCACUCGGAUCAGAGAUUGUGUAAAGCUGCAAUGGCUCAGUGCAAACCUCCGCUGACAAUAUUUUCCACCUUGUUGCCACCGUGUGAUGGUUUCUGUCUUUCCUGAAGAAAUCGUGGACAUUAUUACUACUUGAUUGAUGAUCUGAAACUAAACAUGCGUGCUCUCGAGGCAGCAGGAUAAUGAUAUAUGCUGGCAUCCCUUUACUGUCUCCAGUGAGGAAGAGUUUCUCUUCUAACCGAGGACUCGUCUCCAUCACAAAUGUAGCCCAGCAGAGGCGACUGAACCAGGCCGCUGCACAGAGACGGAGGCGGGUUUGUUGUGCUCAGACUUGGCUGGAUGCUGAUCACGGUGCCACUUUACAGCUCUGUAUUGAAUACCUGCCGAUCAGCCGUCUGUUUGUUUCUGUAAUGCCCCAGCUGUCUUAAAAUGGAUGUGGUCUUUUUGAACAAGGCUAUUCAGGGACGUUGAACCGGCUCAUGAGUGGACAUGCAUGUAGGAUUUAGCCUGGACCGGCUUGUCUGGAUGUAGGGCGCAUAUUCGCGGAUAUUUUCCAAACACGGUUUAGAGAGAGAAAGAUAACAGCCCGUGUUCAUGGAGAUGGCAGGCGGGGGAGGUGCAUCUACACUGGGCUGGAUGAGAAAUAAUGAGGACCCCUGCACAGAGGAUUUCACUCAGCUUAAACACAGACUGCGGUUUCUAUCGGCAGCCUAAAUAGUCCAUACUAAAAAUUAAUCAGUUGUGGUUUUAUUAUUGCCUAUGAGUGUCUCUGGAGCUCCCAGAGUCAAGACACUGUUAUCAAUGGGCUGAUAUUUACUACUGAAGAGGUUAUGUAUUUAUUAGGCCAGAGGAUUCAAAACUAUAAAGGCGCAACGAGCCCAGAGUUUGAAGCCUGUUUACAUUUAACAGUAAUGUAGAAAAUAGUUUUUAAAAGUAUGUAACUAUUCACUGCUGGCAGCAACUGAGAGACCUGUUAGAGAAAUAAAGUCUGCAAUUAAUUUCAUAAUUCACUCACUGAUCAGGAAGUCAUCAGACUGAAGGAAUCUGAAGGAUUUGAUCAAACCUGCAGCUGCUGAUAAACACACAUCUCCUGUGAGAGUCUGUGGCAGCUUUAUAAGGGAGCACAUUGUGGAAACGGUCAAUUAGGUUUGGGGGGUGGGGAGGGGGGGCUUACACAUGGAUCUGCUCUGCUGAGUGUCAUUGUUUGACCUGAUGUACAUUGUCCUCGAAUGAACUUGCCUUUGGGAAUACAUGUUACUUACACACUGCGUAGCAACAGCACAGCAGCAACCGGUGACAGGGUUUGGCACAGUUUCAACAACGAGAUGUGGUGAUGGGGGAGAGCAGUUGCAGCUCUCUGAUCCUCUGAUCCCCUCUCCCCCCUACUGGUGGUCGAGGACACCUCGACUCUGUCAAUGGGCCCUGUAUGGAUUUUGUGCCUGAGUUGACAAAGGGCAGACCUACAGCAUCAAACAGCCGUCAGGCUGCCAUGAACCCAUACGGCAGAGCGAGCGGCACAGCAGCCCCCCUGUCCUGCACCAGCUGUGGGGGCUGCUGCUCCCCGCCUCCCCCUUGCCUAAUCCCGCCAGGGCCUCCCUCCUCUACUACCUCCUCCUCCAUGCCCCCGAAUAUGACCCCUCCGCCACCGAUGUUUCCAGCGCCAGUCGUGCAGGUGGAGAAUGGUAGCAGCUGGAACUCCUCCACCAUCUCCUUCUCUGGCUCCCCAGACUCCCACCCUGGUCACCGCUGUGGGGCCAACAACCCCAACCCCUACUGGACGGCAGUGUUCGACUAUGAGGCCACCGCAGACGAGGAGCUAACCCUGCGGCGCGGGGACCUUCUCGAGGUUCUCUCCAAAGACUCCAAGGUGUCUGGGGACGAGGGUUGGUGGACGGGCAAGAUCCAGGACAAGGUGGGUAUCUUUCCAAGCAACUACGUCACAAAGGGGGACCCUGCCAACUACCAGCAGCUGGCUGCAGGAGGGCUGGUGGCAGGUGGGGUGGGUGAUUGCCCCUUGGAGAUAGACUUCUCAGAGCUGCUCCUGGAGGAGGUGAUUGGAGCUGGUGGGUUUGGUAAGGUGUACAAAGGAGUAUGGCGGGCAGAAGUAGUAGCAGUAAAGGCCGCCAGGCAGGACCCCGAUGAGGAUAUUAGUGUGACAGCAGAGAGCGUACGACAGGAGGCCAGGCUGUUCUGGAUGCUCCGUCAUCCCAACAUAAUCGCCCUCCGCGGGGUCUGCCUGCGGGAGCCCAACCUGUGCUUGGUGAUGGAGUACGCCAGAGGGGGGGCACUGAACCGAGCACUUGCUGGAAAAAAGGUUCCUCCGAGGGUUCUGGUGAACUGGGCGGUCCAGAUUGCGACGGGGAUGGACUACCUGCACAACCAGGCGUUCGUACCCAUCAUCCACAGAGACCUCAAGUCCAGCAAUAUCCUCAUCCUGGAGCCGGUGGAGCGGGACGAUUUGUGCGGGAAAGUCCUGAAGAUCACAGACUUCGGUCUGGCCAGAGAGUGGCACCAGACCACCAAGAUGAGUGCAGCGGGGACGUACGCCUGGAUGGCCCCGGAGGUUAUCAAGCUCUCGCUCUUCUCCAAGAGCAGCGACGUGUGGAGUUUCGGUGUGUUACUGUGGGAGCUGCUGACCGGUGAGGUUCCCUACCGGGAGAUAGACGCUCUGGCAGUGGCUUACGGUGUUGCCAUGAACAAGCUAACACUUCCUGUCCCCUCAACGUGCCCUGAACCUUUCGCUCAGCUGCUGGCAGAGUGCUGGAGCCCGAACCCCCGCAGCAGACCCUCCUUCAGCAGCAUCCUGAGGCGAUUGCUGACCAUUGAGCAAUCGGCCAUGUUUCAGAUGCCUCUGGAGUCCUUUCACUCCUUACAGGAAGACUGGAGGCUGGAGAUCCAGCAGAUGUUUGACGAGCUGCGGGCCAAAGAGAAGGAGCUGAGAUCUUGGGAGGAGGCGUUGGCUCGAGCAGCCGAGGAGCAGAGGGAGCAGGAGGAGCAGCUGCGGAGGAGAGAGCAGGAGCUGGCGGAGAGGGAGAUCGACAUCGUGGAGCGAGAGCUGAACAUCAUCAUCCACCAGGUGUACCAGGAGAAACCCAGCGUAAAGAAGAGAAAGGGCCACUUCAAGAAGAGCAGACUGCUGAAGCUGGGCCGAGACAGCAACUGCAUCAGUCUGCCCUCUGGCUUUGAGCAUAAGAUCACAGUUCAGGCGUCUCCCAGUGUGGACAAGAGGAAGACUCAGGGGAGCGAGAGCACCACCCCGCCUGCCAGCCCGGGCGUCAUACCCCGACUGAGAGCCAUAAGACUGACACCGAGCGAUGGCAGUAAGACGUGGGGCCGCAGCGCUGUGUGUAAGAAGGAAGAUCUGUCGACCAGCAAGAAGAAAGGACGUACGUGGGGACCAAGCUCGACCCACCAGAAAGAGAGGGUCGGCGGGGAGGAUAAACUGAAGUCUUUGGGUGAGGGAUCCAAAGUUUGGUCGUCCAGUGCACCAAAUCUGGGCAAGUCCCCCAAACAUGCACCUAUGACCGCUGGCUUCUCCAGCCUCAAUGAAAUGGAGGAGUGCUGUGAGUUUGAGGAGUCACCAGGGUCCCUGCUGCCCUCAGAGACCAGCAGUAAUGGGGCUGUGGAGGACCAGGGGUCCCUGUGGGGCAGCCUGGGGCCCAACGCGGUGUCGGUUGUCGGCGGCUGUCAGGGGCCCGGAGGCCUGGGGACGGGGGCGAGCUACCAGGACUCGCUCCGUCGCUGCAGCCAGAGGAAGAAGAGUGACAUGUUGCUGUUGGGUUGCGCCUCUCUGCUCGCGUCUGUCGGCCUCGGACAAGACCUGCUGCAGCUUGGAAAACUACAGGUGCUUCAGGACGAGCACGACCUCAGAGAGGAGCAGCGUAAGAAGAAGGAGGGUCUCUUCCAGCGGACGGGACGUUUCCGUCGCAGCACCUCUCCGCCCAGCCGAAACCUCUCCCUCUCCCUCUCCAGACAUCACGACUCAACACUCCCCUGCAUGGACCCUUCUCCCUCAGUUACACUCCUCUCUUUGUCCUCCCUGUCUGACUGCAACUCCACCAAGUCCCUUCUUCCCUCCGACCCCGACGAGUACCCCCUGACCCCGGGGGUUAAAACACCUGUGGCCCCACCGGCUCCUGCCCUCAACCCACUCCUGGACCUGCGGGCGGAGAGCUUCAAGAAGGAGCCCAACCAGUCGCUCACGCCCACCCACGUGUCUGCAGCCAUGGCCCUGAACAGAGGACACAGACGGACCCCUUCAGACGGGGCGAUACGACCCAGAGCUCAAACUCUGGGACACCACAGGACGCCGUCAGAUGGAAGCAUGCCCAUGCCUCCUCCACCGGGAGCACCACACAGAACUAUCAACAAAGGUACCCAGGACACCCUGGACAUCCCCCGCCUCCCCGACCCCUCUGCCAUCUUCCCAGUCCCCCAGCGGCGUAAAGCCCCCGCUCCACCGAUCCCCGACCCGGAUCCUCUCUGCCUCAUCAACCCCCUGGAGAGACCCAAAACACUGGAGUUUGCCCCCCGGCCACGGCCCACCCCAGCCAGGAUGAGAGCCGACCCCUGGAAGCUGGGCUCUCUCUCCCGGACUCUCAGCUCGUCGCCGGGCAGCAGCUGCGACAGCCCCCUCGGUUCAGGGGACAGCAGCGCCAGCACCGCGCCAGCGCCCCGCAACCUGAUGGACAUGGACGUGGAGGGCCAGAGUUCGGACCCCACCGUUCCUCUGUGUGGACAGCGGAAACCGGCCACGCUCUGCGGACAACAAUACUCGUAAUGAAAAACAGCAAGUGGACAUUUCCUGCUUUUUUUGAACCCGUUCCCAGGACAUAAGAGCUUGGGCUGGAUAAGGAACGCCUACUGAUGUCUGAGCCGAGCAAAGUGCACUCACUGAAAGUUUGCAAAAACAUCUCGUCAUGUUUUAGGCACUUCCUGAAAGCCGUUCCUCUCAUGUGUCCUUUUAGUGUCCUAAUAAGGUGUGAAACCCUUAGAGCAAGCCUUUCCCUGAUAGUGCUCUCUAACCUGCACGACACUUGGGGAUCCUAGAGGCCUUUUUAAAAAGCCUUGUAGUGUGCUCACCCACCUACCUUACCCAACACUUUUAUCCCUCCCAGGAAGCCAUCUCUACCCGCUUCUUAGCGCCCCACGACCAGGUCACGACUCACAACCUUCAAAAGCCAUUCAAGUACUUAAAAAGCCACUUUUUUGACUUUACUAACUGUUCAUUUUGACCCAUCUGCUUGUGCUUUAGCGUGUCUGUGUAGCUGUUCACUUUCUGCUUGCAUCUCUCACUACACAAAGACCACAAGAAAAAAAAUCACAUUUCACCUAAACAUACAUCGCUACAAAAAAGGAGCUGGACUGUGUCUUUGUUCUUGUUUUGCACACCGUUUGUUCUGCCGGUGCACAAAUAUCUCCCAUAAACCCCUCCUGCGUCAGCUCUGCCUUCAUCCUCACGUGUCAUUUCUCUGCACUGGGGGGUCGUCGUCACCUCUUCCCUGCAAGACUGAGACAGGAAAAAAGCCUUUUUUUCUCUCUCACUGCACUGGUGGACUGGUGAUAUCCUCAGCCUUGUACAAAAAAAAAAAACAGAGUUUAUUUUCUCAGUGCAUCCCUUCCGCAACCUGUUAGCAAAAAUGUUUUUCUAUCGGUUUGGCAGGCCAGGUGUGUUUCUCUUUGUGUGAAUGUGUAUAUAUAUUACUGUACAUGUGUGGAAGAACAACUUUUGCGUGCUGGUGCUUUUUCAGUGCAUGUUAUUUUACGUUUGAAUGGUGCAGCAGUUCUUCAAAAUAAGACCACUGGUUGCUACACACUUUCUCAUCUGUUUGUCUUUCACACGUUUUUCUUUGUUUCUGAUAUAAACAUUCCUCACUAGCGGUCAGUAGCACUCUGUAUGGAUCCCGUUCACGCCACUGAAAUGGACACAAACAAAAGGAAGGUUCAUGUUCUCCUCUGACGUAUUCAACAUCGGUCUCUCUGUGGACUCACGGCUGACAACUUUUAUCUGCGGAGUUGUUUUCGCACCGUGGACAUUUCCUCUGCAGGUGGUUAUUUACUUGACAGUGCAAAUUUCUCUAAAUGAGUGUGUGAGUGUGAAUAUGCGUGUGUGUGUGUGUGUGUGUGUGUGUGUGUGUGUGUGUGUGUGUGUGUGUGUGUGUGUGUGUGUGUGUGUGUGUGUGUGUGUUGUUAUUUGUAUGGGAUGAUGACAAUCCCAUCGGUAGAAGAGUGAGCCCAAACUCAUUCUCCUCGUGUGGUUAAGAACACUGAGUAUUUAUUAAAUUUAUUGUUAUUAUUGGAAAGGAUUAAUUAUUAUUACGAUGCUCUUCCUGGGAUAUCUGUAUAUAUUUGUUAAUAUAACAGGAAAAACCAAGGAAAACCUAGGAAACUGCUUACUGAAACGUCCAUGUUGUCUCUAGUCUCAACCUGUGACAUUUCUGGGUUCAGUGAGGAAUAAGUGUGAAAUGUGACGAAUGAGAGACGAAUAAAAAACAAAGAAAGAUG